UGUUCCCAUAGACAACAGGAAGUGAAACACGCAUACAGUAACAUUUUCUGGAAGUUCUACUUCCGCGGGAGGUGGAAAUAUCGACACUCACUCGAGAUGACGUAGACUGCGUGAGCAACUCGCUGGAGGAAGUGUUUUGUUUACCAUCUGAGACCACCUGUGAACUCGGGAAGUGCGAUUUCUCUGUUGCCUCUUUGUUCCCGAAGCGAGGUUAAGCUGGAUUUAGAGUUUUUUACAGUUAAAGAAAGUUAUUUCAUACAACGCUGAAGACUACAUGAGACUAUAUAUCCAAAUAAGCUAAUAGGCUAUAGCUUGUUCAGCUGUCAAUCGAACAUAAAGAUCAGAAAUGGCAAUCUUGCAGAACAGAUAAUACGAAGAUGGGGCAGAGGUGAAAGCAACACCCUCCUCUCCCCAUGACCACAGAUCUGGACAGCCAAACCAGCUCAUCUUACUGACUGACAAGCUCCACAGCCAAACCAGCCUGUCUAUCUGACCAAAACCACUGGACCAAUAUAUUCAUUUAUAUAUAACAAAGUAUAUUUUCCCUAGAUUCUUAUCUUAUAACACUAUUUUGUACAUCAGCUACAUAUCUUUACAUAAGAAGCAUUUAAUCAACAAUUUACACAUAGAUAAGAAACACAUCACUAAGAUAAGUGAAGGGUUUCCUGUUACUUCGUGACACAAAAGUGUGACAAGCGUCCCGAAAUACUGGAAUCCCCAGACGGUGCAAUGUCUACGGUGUACACAGUACGUGAAAGCUGGGGUGGUCCGAGUGGCCUUGACCCCCAGGUCAGCUUCGAGAGUUCCAACAGCGGGUACUCCAUUAGCAGUCAGACUCAGUUCCUCAAAGGGAGGACGGAAAAAGACGACUACAUCGAGUGUAAACUCCGCAGAGAAACAGGCAGCAAGGACAAGAACCUAAGCAAUGAGUGCGGAAUUGGUACUAUCCGACCAAAGUGUUUAAAACAUUGCGCCAAUAUCAAAUUGUUUGUGUUUUUCAUGUGUGUGCUUCUAACGAUUGCUACAAGCUUAUCGACUGGCUACCUGAACAGUGUCAUAACGACGAUUGAGAAGAGGUUUGAGAUCGGCAGUUCAAUAUCAGGGCUUAUCGCAGCUUCGUAUGAAUUUGGGUCCCUAGUUGCUGUUAUUUUUGUAAGUUAUUUAGGCGGCAGGAGACAUAUACCAAAAUGGAUUGGCUUCGGCAUUAUUUUCAUGGGAAUCGGGGCACUACUUUUUGCAAUGCCACAUAUCAUUGGGCCAAAAUACACCGUCCACAAUGGCUAUGAUGUGUCGAAUAAGACUGAUGUCAGUAUUUGCAAGCGUCCAGAAGCAAAUAAAGGAGGUUAUUUUUCAACAGAUUGUAUAGAUGAGAAUUCUGGGAACUGGAUGUAUGUGUUGAUACUGGUUGUGGCACAGAUAUUUAUUGGGACUGGAGGCACACCAAUUUUGACCCUUGGAACGACUUAUGUUGAUAAUCACGUAGUCAAGGAAAAGGCACCCGCUUACCUAGCUUUCAUCUAUGCAACUGGUGCACUGGGUCCGGUCCUUGGAUACGCUCUGGGGGCGCUUCUCCUCCAAUACUACGUCGACACCUUCAUCUACGACGUGGGACUCACCACAUCCAGUCCCAACUGGAUCGGAGCGUGGUGGGGCGGCUUCAUUAUCUGUGGACUGUUACUUCUCUUGCUAGCGAUUCCCUUCCUCGCCUUCCCUAAAGUCCUUGUCCAGGAAAAGAAGAAGCUGCUAGAGUUGAAGGCCAAGGAGGAGCUGCUGUCCCAGGAGGAAGAGGAAGACAAGGAGUAUGGGAAGACCAUCAAAGAUAUCCCCCGUUCCAUGCUGCGCCUAUUGAAGAACUCUGUGUAUAUAGUUGUGUGCCUGGGAAUUUGUUGUGAAAUCUCUAUUGUGAGCGGGUUUGUUGUCUUUCUUCCCAAAUACAUCGAGACCCAAUUUGGUACUUCUACAUCCGUCGCCAACUUAUUUACAGGUGGUAUCGGUAUUCCUGGUGCCGUCAUUGGAAUCCUGAUUGGUGGCUAUCUCAUCAAGCGACUACAGUUGCAGCCUAAAGGUGCCAUCCAGCUGACCCUGGUGCUGAAUGGUCUGGCUCUCUGUGGCUUCACAUUCUUCUUCUUCCUCGGCUGUGACAAUCGCAAAAUAGCAGGAGCCACUUUCCCGUACUUCAACAGCACCGGGCAUAAGAUCUUUGAGGCGAACCUGACGUCAUCGUGUAACCAGAAUUGUGACUGUUCCCCAAACCACCUGGAACCGAUCUGCGGCAUCAACGGCAUAACCUACUUCUCCCCAUGCCAUGCGGGAUGCACUGGCUCCAACCGCUUCUACAACCAAGACAACCAGUAUGAGAGAAUGUUUAACUACAGUGGCUGUUCCUGCAUCAUGGAUCAAGACCAUGCACAGUUUGACCACGAGGUCAUCAUGUCGCCCCUGGCAACCAGUGGCCCGUGCAAGAACACAUGUGAGAAGAUCCUGCCAUUCCUCAUCCUGCUGGUUGUCAUGACGUUCUGUGUGUCUGGGACUCAGAUGCCGUUACUCAUGGUGACAUUAAGGUCUGUUGGAGAAGAAGAAAGAGCGUUUGCCCUUGGAAUGCAGUUUGUUAUCAUGAGACUGUUCGCAUAUAUCCCUGCCCCGAUCAUGUUCGGUAACGCCAUCGACACUUCAUGUCUGUUGUGGAAACAGAAAUGUCGGGACUACGGACAGUGUCUCCUGUAUGAUAUCGUGCAGUUCAGAUACAAAUAUGUGGGCAUUGGUGCUGGGCUGAAGAUUAUGGGUCUGCUCUUCUUCACGGCUGUCUGGUUCCUCCUCCACCGCCGAGGCCUCGCAGAAUCUCGCACAGAGUUGACAGUUCAAGACAUCAUGAGCUCUAUGAGUUCUAUAGACAAACUUGACCUUGAUCAUCGACAAAGACUGAAGGAGCCUGACAAGGUCGACCCUGAACACGAGUCCCACGACACGGAGCCUUCUGCUAGUGAUGUGAUGGUACAGCGGGACGUCUUCACCUGCUCCACCCCGAGAGAGUCUGUUUUGUGAUACAUGUGAUCCAGAUAUAUGAUACAUGUGAUCUGGGGACAUGAGUCUGGAUGAAAUGAAAGACAAUAGCGACUGUUUAUAUUUGCCGAACAAUACGUGAUAGUGUGGGUCAUGUGUAGAAUGACCAUUGUAUGUUGCAGAUGUACUGUAUAUAUUUAAUACCACAAAAUCUCUUUACGCACCCAGAAUAAGCUUGCACACAUUGUUUCAGUCUGUUGUUAGACAGAAGGGAACUAUGGAAGAUGUGUGUUAGAUUGACAGACAGAAAGUAAUCGCUGUAAAGUACCUGCAAUUAUCAGCCCAAACUAUCAA